AUGCUCCAUAUUUUUGCCUUGAUGGAAUUAGUACAAGUCUGUUUCUUAUCUCUUCCAGACAAUCAUCCUGCUGACAAAAAUCUGGUCUCUGUGAAUGUACAGCAAGCUCAGAAAUAUGAGAGAAAGGCAGAUAGGGAACCAUUGUUGGCAGAGUUACAAGAGCCAGAAACUCUACCAGAAGAGACAGCAGACAUCCUUAACCAGGCAUCCAGUAUGGUUGCCUCUGGAGAGGAUGAUCUCCCCUUGGGAACUGAUGCCAACACCUUGAGUGGGAUUCCUUCUGGCUCUGCUCUUUCUUCACAUGGUUCAGAAAUUAUUGAUGAAAAGCCUCAACCACCUUUGCUGCCUCUCAAAUCAUCACCCUCACACACUUGCCCAAAUCUAACAGGAGGCAGUGCCCAUCCUUGGCUUCAAGCUUUAUCAGGAAGACAGCAAAGUUUUGGAUCUGAUCUCUCUACUGGAACAAACUCCAGCGUGAACAGUAUUGAAAUUCUUCUGCAGGGUCGGGAAGCAGACCCUGAAGAAAUCCUCAUGAGUUUGGGUUUUGGGAGUACUGAAGAUAACAAUGCACUAACGUCACGUAUUCCAUCCCGUUUCCUCAUGCUUAAUUCUGAGGCUCGUGGCGUUAGCAUCGAUGACCUUCUCGGACAACGCUCGGAGCUGCAGGAACUCAUCGAUAACUGGAACUGUCAGAAGUACACUUCAGGAAACUGGAACCACACCCCCCGAUUGCCCCCUUACCUGCAUGGGAUAAGGUUCCUCUCUUCAAUACGGGCAGCUGCCUGCAGAUCCUCCCCAGACAAAAUGGACAGUAUACCAAAUAGCAUUUUGACUCCAGACAACCAGUUAGCAUUAGCCAAACAGGGUUAUUACGAUUCCUUCCCAUCUCCUAAGAAAAAACAAAGUUCAGCAACACAGUCAACCACCUCACCUACAGCUAGCCAGCCCCUAUCGGCAUCAGAAAAACGCCAAAAAUUCAAAUCUACCCGAAGUUCCCGGCCUUGGUCGCUUAUAGAACCUGAAACAAACAUUGAUUCCUAUUCAACUGAUUUUCGACCUUCGACCAGCACUCUUGCCACUAGCAUAGACUCUUCUAUGUCCAGUGACAAUGUUGAUCGAAGCUGGACUGGUCGGCAAAGGUCUGUCAGCGAGCUCAGGUGGUCCUAUUUAAAUUGUAAAAGCAGAGACAGUUUGUCAAGUACGUCCAGCAUUAGUCAAGCUCGCCAAAUCCAGGUCUCCAAAUUGAUGAAUAACGCAGACGAUGAUGGAGAUUACCAGGUACAACCUCUGUCCUUCCAAAUGUCCGAAACACUUGAUGCCGCUGAAAAUGUCUUCCUUGAAGAUGAGCCCAAGGGAAAUGCACCACUCGAUUGCCCAGACAGUCAUAGUGCAGAUAUCAGCUCUAUUGCAAUCCAGACGAGUCCUGAAGGCUCGAGCUGGAAGAGCCAGUCUACGGGAUUUGGUGGGGACUGUUUAUCCUGUCCUGUUAAACAGUCCACUCCAGAAAAAUGUACCAAUGUGAAUUCAGGUUAUUUAGCAGAUGGAGAAUGUAGUUACUUAGAACCAGAGUUGCCUCGGCGAGACCAAGACCUUUACAAAGAUGCAAUGCUUUCCAGUAUUGAUCUUGAAGAUCCUAACGCCAAUCAUGUACCUCGAAAUUCCAGGGAUUUAUGGAUCAAUUCCAGAACAUCUCUUAUUCCUGAAGGUAUUUCAUCUUGCUAUGAACAGGAAGAUGAACAAAUCCAGAAAACAAGUGCUAGUCAAGAAAAAAGUCCUGUCAUAUGUCGAUACGAGAGUGCCCAGUCAGAUAGCAGUGGCUUUGCCGAGCCUGAGUCCGAUGUUGUAGUCGUCAGCGUACCAUUCUCAAAUUUAGAUUCUUUGUCAGUUCAUAAAGGUAGCUGUGAUAGCUUCGACACGAUCAGCUCGGGUCGUUUACAAAGGCUCAGUAUCAAUUCUGACACCACAAUCAAAGAGAUCAGUGAUCAAAGCCCAUGUACCUUUGAUGCUGACUUGACACAAAUCUCGGUCUGUGAUAAAUCAACAAUAACAGAUCAUCCUGUUCUAGUUGACCAAGAAACUUUAACACAGCCAAUAGAAGUCAGUCACAAGGCAAUACAAACAGACGCCCAUGGUUGGUGUCAGGGUUCCUCAGGCCCAAGAUACAAGCCCCCCAUGCUUGGCCAAUUAUCUAAAUCAGCUGCUAUUGAGACUCAAUCAACUCUCUUAAACUACCCACCCGUAACGGAUGACCCAUUGCCCGAUAUACGAAACUUAACGUCCUUUGACAGCGGUUUCUCCCCUUCAAAACACGAGGUGUCUGUCCUAAACCUGUAUGUCUAUGACGGUAGAAUUUGGUUCUGUGAUAACGACUCGACCCAGAGUAGCAAGUGGAGCAUAAGUGGUGGCCAUUCAACAUCAUCAGUCCAUAUGUAUGAUCAGGUGUGCCAUGAACCAUCUGAUAGCACAGAUUAUGGACGCAGCACCAGGUAUGGCGAAUUUGGUGAAUUCCCUCUGAAACAAAUAAGCACCAUGAAUUCUAAGUCAUUUUCCAAACGCAAACUGACCACUGGUCAUAUCUCUUUGGAUUCCCAUGAAGAUGACCAUCCAAGGAAACCUUCUGCACGACUCAACAAUAAAGAACAAAUACGUGAAUAUAAAAAGCUUUUGAAGCUAACAAACCACAGAUACUCUUUUCAGCAUCUUCAAGAAGAGAACCAGCUGAUGCAGUAUGCCGUCCAGCGAUACAAAUCUGAUCUUCAAGUGAUGGAGAGUGCCUUUCUUAGUGAAUUUAAUCGAACAGGUGAACUGCUAUCAGAAGAAGAUACUUUACUGAUGGAUGAGUUGUAUGAAUUAUGGACAGAUAUCAGUUUGGAAGUUGUACACCUUGAAAGGCUCUUAGCUGACCGACAAAGACUCAUUCGGAAAGGAGAAUGUGAACUGACAACACUCACUACACUUGAUGUAAUCCAAACAAUGGUAGAAGUCCUUAAAGAGCAAUUGUAUUUGUUUCACAUUAAUAAUGAUAUUGUUGAAUCUUCUACUCAAAACCAUGAGCCUUCCCCUUCACCUAUUUGUCGCCAUCCUGGUUGGAAGGACAUCUCCAAUGAAGUCCAUGAGCUACGACACCAGAUUACUGGUAAUGACACACUGCAAGCCAUCCAUCUGAAGAAAGCAGUUGAAGAGUUCAAGGGCACAAUUCUGUCUGAAAUCCGCCAGGAAAUCACAGACAACUUGAAUAAAUUAUCUGCUAGGUGA